AUGGCGGGUGCUUGCUACAUUCAUGUACUGCUCAUGCUGUUGAGAUUUCUAGCCACCAUUGUGUUGUUUGCCGUUAGACCGUUUUCUGCUGCCGUUAUGUCAUUUGCCGUUAGACCGUUUGCUGCCGUCGUUAGGUCGUUUGCUGUUAGGAUGUUACCGUUUGCUGUCGCCGUUAGGUCGUUUGUCGUCAGACCGUUUGUUGCUGUCGUAUUGUCUACCGCUGUUACGUUGAUGUGUGCAACCCUUCCUUCGGCUCUUGCAAUAUCCUGUAGUGCCGCAAUGGGCGAUGACAUGAACUGUACAGCGUUUGUCGUUUACAGGCCUCAGCGUGGUGACACAUUCGAUGAUGUGGUAAGAAGAUUUGCACAGGAUCCAGUCGUUAAUCGUUAUCCAUUCAGGAACGACAGCGGUCCGGACAAUGAUCUGCUGCUGCUUUUUCCCGUUGCAUGCUCUUGCAACGAAUCACGGCGACAGUAUGAGACCGACCUUUUCUAUACCGUUCAGAGCGGAGAUACCCUGUCGAGGAUUGCUGAUCGAGAGUAUGAUUCGCUUAUAUCCAUUUCGGAUAUGGUCAAAGUAAACGGCAUAUCCGUUGAGGAUUUUAUUGAUGUGGCAUGGAGGCUAAAAAUAGCCAUCCGCUGCGCUUGUAACUCAUCAUCAGCAGGUCGCGAGUUCGAGUCCUACCUCACAAUUUCUUCAAAAUCCACUUCCGACACGCCCAGUGGCGUGGCGCAGAGAUUCAACACCACCGUGGACGCCAUUCAGAGGGUUAACGGAUUGUUCGGAUCAGAUUUUGUCGAUUUCGAAGGGCCUCUUAUCGUUCCGACGCACAGGAUUUUCCAUAGAGAGCCAUCGGCACCCGACUCUUUGGUGUCGUCUUCUUCUAUACCUAUCCCGAUGACACCUUGUGUCCCGACGACCGUGUUGCCGUCUCUCCCGACACCCGUGUCACCCGUGUGGCCUUCCGCCGUGACAUCCCCCCCGCCAUCACUAACGAUAAGCAUGUCGAGAUCGCAAUCCCGCCCAUCUGCAAGCACGAGCAGAAUAGUGCCAGCAUGGCUGUGGGGGCUCAUUGCGGUCCCAGUGGUUAUGUUUGUUGCUAUCUGCGCUUUGAUCGUGUAUAUCGUGAGGCAAUUCCCGCGCGAGCUUAGUUGCAGAACUUGCGGGCCCGCCUUUGGGCUUUCUCAACAGUGUCAACACCAAGGUCCAGCAUAUGGCAUUGAUGACCGCGAUAAGGUUAAGGGCCUUAAGGCUGCAAAGCGACCACGUCAGCAUUAUACCCCCGAUAAAAGGUGGAGAGGGGUCAAAAACAUGGACGACCAGGCUUGCCGCAGAAAGGAGGCUAGUGGUUGCGCAUUUGUAAAUGGCUGUGGAGGAGGAGGAGGCAAGAAGUUAGGAAAAGGAGGAGGAGGGAAAAGAGGGAGACAAGGAGUGAGGAGAGAGAUUAAGUGGCAGUCUGGCAAGCAUAAGACACUGGAGGAGGAUGGGAGAAAGUUUGUCAUCUUUUCGUUGAAAGAGCUUGAAGAGGCCACGGACGGAUUCUCCAGCGACAGCAAGAUUGGCAGAGGCUCUUCGUGCGAAGUCUUCUAUGCUCAGCUGCGGGGUAGAGAGGUGGCCAUCAAGAGAAUGAGAUUGGCGUGGCGGCGGGAGUUUCAAAAAGAGCUGAAAAUUCUAAGUCAAGUCCAUCACAGGCACCUUGUUGAGCUCAUAGGCUUCUGCACGCAUGGGUAUCUCUUACUUGUGUACGAGUACUGCCACCAAGGGACGCUUAGCAGCCACCUGCACUCGCCUGACGCCUGCGGUGGGCCUCUGGAUUGGAGGACGAGGGUGCAAAUCGCACUGGAUGCAGCUCAAGCCUUGUUGUACAUUCACGACCAAGUGUGUCCCGCCUACAUCCACUGCGAUAUAAAGUCGGUGAAUAUCCUGUUGGAUCGGGAUCUGAGGGGCAAAGUCGCUGACUUUGGGGUCACUAAGCUUAUCAGGCCGGAGGGAGAGAGUGGAGGGAGUGCUAUUUCGGGCGAUCCAAGGAAACCCAGAAAGAAGAAGGACACAGUAUCUACCAAAGUUGCCGGGACAUGGGGGUACAUGGCCCCGGAGUACAUGAUCUACGGAGAGGUGACUCCAAGUAGUGACGUCUACUCUUUUGGAGUUGUACUUCUCGAGCUCAUCGCCGGUCAAAGGGCCAUAUUGCCUCGGGAAAGGGUAGCGGCAGCUGCAGCUUCCGAACUUGCACCCCAACCACCCUCCAUACCUAAAACCCUUGCCUCCUCAGUUGCUCCCCUCAUAAAGCAGAUGACUUCCGCAGAAGAAGUGUCAGUGAUUGUCGACCCUCAGCUUGGCAUUGCCUACCCUCGAGACCUGACUUUUGAGUUAGCCAGAGUGGCCGCACAGUGUGUGGAGCUCGAGCCAGAGGACAGACCAAAUAUGAGACGAAUUGUGUACGUCUUAGAUGAAACACUUGAAACCUAUCUGAUGCGCUCAUUGCACGCGGAUUAUGAGAUAUCAAUCGAUUCAGUCCCUGUGUGA